AUGAUGAUUAUGUUGAGUAACCUGUCAGCUUAGUUCAUUCUCGUUCUCUCUCAUCAAAUAAACUCACUUGUUGUUCAUUUGCCCUUUGCUCAUUUGAUAUUUUACUUUGGUUAACCUUGCAACAAUCAACAUUACGAAAAUAAUAGUUGAAGGAGAAGAAAAACUUUUACCAUCACAAAAAGUCCAACACACUGAUAAACAUUUCAAGUUUAAAUUAUUCUCCAAACUUCAGUGUCAAUCUCAAGGAUGAAAUUUAUACUGAAUUGGUGUUUCAUUUUAUUAUUUGUAACCAUUUGCUCCGUUUACGGUAAAUCCGAAUCCAAUGGGACAACCAGCGCCUUGAAACCGUACACAACGAAAGAUUUAAUCAUUGAUCUGUACAAAUCGUUUACGUCCGAUGGUUCAUCAACCAAUUCAUCAUCAACAGCAACCUCAUUGAAACCCUUCCAACGCGAUGUUAAAGCUUCAACCUCAUCAGUUUCACUCUUAAGUUACGGCAACUUGGCCUUACUUGGAGCCGUAGUCUUAGGUGGCCUUGCCUAUGUGGCACCAACCCUGAUGCCCGACUAUAGACGAAGAGCAGGUCCAAUGCCUCCAAUGCACCCAGUCUAUCCACAUCGAUUUUUUGACAGUUUAUCCGAUUUCUCAGCUGAUAUGAUUCCUUACAUUGAAAAUGAGAUUCAACAGCAGGGACACAAUUUUUACAAGCGCAACAAGCGAGCUGCUACCGGUACUGAGGAGCGAUUGAACCUUCAAGAUUUCCUCUCUAAAAGGUUCAUGGCCGUCUCAGAGUCUGUCAUGGUUUGGGCUGAACGAACAUUGGACAAUUUGCCCAAUUUACCUCGUCUGGAAGCUCAGGCUUGUAUGAAGAGGUGCAUUUGUGAAGCUCACAAUCAACCCAAAAAAUAUGGACUCACUGGCCUGGUUUUACAAUUAUUUUUCCCACCUUACAUUGAAAGUGAUACUCCAUCCAAGAUAAUAUCUAAAUAUCAAUUGGCUGCUCGAUAUGGAAGGACGGAAAACGCUAAUUGUGCUGUUCAAUAUGAUGAUUGUAUCGUCAAUUUUCUUGAUCUUGUUCAAAGUGUAACCAAUUUGAUUCUGUAAAUGAUUAAUUAUUUAUUUAGGUGCCAAUCAACAACCACAAUCACCACCAAUCUAUGUAUAUUUAUUGCUAUAUUUUUUUUCGACGAUUUACCCACCCACAAAGAAAACACGAAAUUUUAUACUAAAAAAUAAUAAAAGACAAAUUUGCUUCA